CACCAUUCUCUAUUGUUUUCAAGAAUGUAUUCCAGUUAAGCUCUUUUUUUGUAGUGUGUGAGGUGUAUAUAGGUACAUCAUAACUCAUUUUCGGGAUUUAAGUCGACAAAAACCAGAAUUAAUAAUGUCGAGUAUAAGUUUGGAUAAAGAAAUUUUUGCGCGUAGGGUUAAACGGCUUUAUUCAGAAUGGAAGGAACCAACUUUCGAGCAUGAUGAUGCCUUUAAGAAAAUUGAUAGUCUUAUGUCAGUUGUGGGUGUAGAUGAUGAAACUGUUUACAGUAAAUCAACCGCUUUACAGACAUGGCUACUGGGUUAUGAGCUUGCAGACACAAUAUCCGUUUUUACAGAAAAUUCUAUAUAUUUUUUAGCAAGCAAGAAAAAAAUUGAAUUUCUUAAGCAAAUUGAAGUUAUCAAGGAAGAAGGUUUUCCGACAAUUAAGUUAUUGGUUCGAGAUAGGAACGAUAAGGAUAAAUCUAACUUUGCAAAAUUAAUUGAUGCAAUGGAAAAAUCAAAAAAAGGCAAAGUUGUUGGAGUGUUUUUAAAAGACAGUUUUCCAGGAGAUUUUUGUGAAGCUUGGAAGAUGUCUUUAAAAUCAAAAAGUUUUCAAAAUAUAGACGUUGGUGCAUCUGUGGCAUAUGUAAUGGCUCCUAAAGAUGAAACAGAACUCAACACAAUGAGAAAAGCAGCGUUAGCCUCCGUUGAUUUGUUUUCUAAAUAUCUGAAAGAUCAAAUUAUGGAUAUUAUAGAUUCGGAUAAGAAAGUGAAACAUUCUAAAUUAGCUGAAGGUGUUGAAAGUGCUUUAACAGAUAAAAAAUAUGUCACUGGGGUAGAUAGUACCCAAUUAGAUAUGUGCUAUCCGCCAAUUAUACAAUCCGGAGGAAAUUACAACCUGAAAUUUAGUGCUGUGAGUGAUAAAAAUAGUUUACAUUUUGGAUCAAUCGUAUGUUCAUUAGGCGCACGAUAUAAAUCCUACUGUUCGAAUAUUAGUCGUACUCUCUUAGUAAAUCCCACUGAAGAAAUACAAAAUAAUUACAAUUUUUUGAUAACCUUAGAAGAUGAGAUACUAAGAACUCUAAAACCUGGAAUUAAACUUAAUCAGAUAUAUGAUAUUGCAUUAAGAUAUGUGAAGCAACACAAUCCUGAGUUACUGGAUAACUUAACAAAAACCUUUGGUUUUGUUAUGGGAAUUGAAUUUAGAGAAAAUUCAAUUAUUAUUGGACCUAAAUGUACCGCAGAAAUUCGAAAAGGAAUGGUGUUUAAUGUAAAUUUGGGACUUUCCGGGCUAGUUAAUAAAGAAUCAUCAGAUAAAGAGGGCAAAACAUAUGCUUUAUUCGUUGGGGACACCGUUCUGGUAAAUGAAGAGCCUCCUGCAGUUGUGUUGACUCCAGCCAAGAAAAAAAUAAAAAAUAUAGGGAUUUUUAUAAAAGAAGAUGAAGACGAUGAAGAAGAGGAAGACAAAGACGAAAUCGACGAUAAAAAAGGGCAAGAAAUUUUGGGCCGAUCGAGACGUACUAAUGCUGUUCUUGAUAAUAAAUUACGAAAUGAACAUAGUGCAGAAGAAAAGAGAAAGCAACAUCAGAAAGAAUUGGCCCAAAUUUUGAAUGAAAAAGCUAAAGAACGUUUAGCUAAACAAAGUGGAGCGAAGGAAACAGAGAAAGUAAGGAAAAGCACCGUUUCCUAUAAAAGUAUAAGCCAAAUGCCUCGAGAAGAUGAGGUAAAAGAACUUAAAUUAUAUGUGGACAAAAAAUACGAAACCGUUAUAAUGCCUAUUUUCGGUGUAUCCGUUCCAUUUCACAUAUCAACCAUCAAAAACAUUUCGCAGUCAGUGGAAGGUGACUACACUUAUUUACGUAUAAAUUUUUUUCAUCCGGGUGCAACUAUGGGUCGAAACGAAGGCGGGAUAUAUCCACAACCCGAAGCAACAUUUGUUAAAGAAAUUACAUAUCGCAGUACAAACAUAAAAGAACCGGGUGAAUUAUUGGCACCUUCUUCUAAUUUAAAUAACGCUUUCAGAUUGAUUAAAGAAGUUCAAAAACGUUUUAAGACGCGUGAAGCAGAAGAAAGAGAAAAAGAGGAUUUGGUUAAACAAGACACGCUAAUAUUGUCUCAAAAUAAAGGCAAUCCUAAACUUAAAGAUUUAUACAUACGUCCAAAUAUUGUUACAAAACGAAUGACAGGAAGUUUAGAAGCUCAUACAAAUGGUUUCCGUUACGUUUCUGUCAGGGGAGACAAAGUAGAUAUUCUAUACAACAACAUUCAGAGUGCUUUUUUUCAGCCAUGUGACGGGGAAAUGAUCAUUUUAUUACAUUUUCAUUUAAAACAUGCAAUAAUGUUUGGGAAAAAGAAGCAUGUUGAUGUCCAAUUCUAUACUGAAGUUGGUGAAAUAACUACAGAUUUAGGAAAACAUCAACAUAUGCAUGACAGAGAUGAUUUGGCUGCUGAACAAGCUGAACGUGAGCUGAGACAUAAAUUAAAGACAGCUUUCAAAAGCUUUUGCGAGAAAGUGGAGACAAUGACCAAACAACAAGUUGAAUUUGAUACUCCGUUUCGUGAACUAGGAUUUCCGGGGGCACCUUUUCGCUGCACUGUAUUGUUGCAACCAACUUCGGGUAGCUUAGUUAAUUUAACUGAAUGGCCGCCGUUUGUAAUAACAUUAGAAGAUGUUGAAUUAGUACAUUUUGAAAGAGUUAGUUUCCACUUGAGGAAUUUUGAUAUGAUUUUUGUGUUUAAAGAUUACCAUAAAAAAGUAGCUAUGGUAAACGCAAUUCCGAUGAAUUUGUUAGAUCAUGUUAAAGAAUGGCUCAAUUCUUGUGACAUACGUUAUUCAGAAGGCGUACAAUCCUUAAAUUGGACUAAAAUCAUGAAAACCAUUACUGAUGAUCCUGAAGGCUUUUUUGAAAACGGCGGUUGGACUUUUUUGGAUCCUGAAUCUGGAAGUGAAGACGAAGAUGCGUUGUCUGAAGAAGAAGAAGACGAAUAUGCUCCAUCAGAUCUGGAAGAUGAAGAUGAAUCUGAUGAUGAUUCAGAAUAUAGCGAGGUUUCCGAAGAUGAAAAUGAUAGUGACGUUAGUGAAGAUCUUGGCUCUGAAGAAGAAUCUGGUAAAGACUGGUCGGAUCUUGAACGGGAAGCUGCUGAAGAAGACAGAAAUAGAGACAGAACGAAAGAGAUAAGACACCGGAAAAGAAACGACGGCAUGGGGGGUAACAAUAGUGAUAGAAGGCGCGAGCACGGAAAAAGUAGUAAACAUAGACGAUACCGGGACAAGGAUCGACGAUCUAAAAUAAAAAGUGUUAGUCCACAAAAACCAAAUAGGCGAGAUGACAUCAGAAAUAAAGACAAGGACAGACAUCGUACUUCCACAUCCCAUCACAAAGAGAAUAGUAGGGACAAACACCGCACGAGCAGUAGUCAUCAUAAUGACAAAAAACGUUUAAGAGAUGAUAGCCGGGACAGUGAUCGUCAUAAACAUAAAAAAUCUAAACAUUAAAUUUUCAUGCGUAUAUCAUUACAUAUGUUUUUAAAAUAAAAUUAAUAUUCAAAAUUACAAAUUUGUGAAUCGAUUGCAGUUACAAAGUAAUUUAAAUAUGUACAUGUCGGUCAGAAUAAGAAAUUUAUCAGACGUUAUGUCGCCUCUAUUGUCAAAAUCAUGUAUGUAUGUAUGUAUCUAAAAAAACAUUGAAUUAUAUAAUGUA